CCGCCGCCUUCCCGGCGUGCCUCAGUGCUGCUUGCCGCCCGGUUUCCGUCCACCGGCAGCGGUGGUCCUCGCCGCCAUCUUGUGCCCGGGCGUUUCGCGCAGCCCGGCGGGCCGCCAUGGAGACAGAUGAUACAGGAAAUCGACUUCGGUUCCAGCUGGAGUUAGAGUUUGUUCAAUGUCUGGCAAAUCCAAAUUACCUCAACUUUCUUGCACAAAGAGGCUACUUCAAAGACAAAGCUUUUGUAAAUUAUCUUAAAUAUUUACUUUAUUGGAAAGAACCUGAAUAUGCAAAAUACCUGAAGUAUCCUCAAUGUUUGCAUAUGUUAGAGCUGCUCCAGUACGAACAUUUCCGCAAAGAACUGGUAAAUGCUCAGUGUGCUAAAUUUAUUGAUGAGCAACAGAUUCUUCACUGGCAGCACUACUCACGGAAAAGAAUGCGCCUCCAGCAAGCACUUGCAGAGCAGCAGCAACAAAACAACACCUCUGUAAAAUGAAAAAGAGUGAUGAUAAGGUGUACUUUGUGUCAGUUGAAGUAUUUACAAGAGAGGGAUGAACCCUUCUGUAGGUUUGGCUCUGGGUGCGUGUACAUUUAAUUUUUGAUUUAUCAAGUGACUGGGUUUUUCUUUCAUCAACUUCUUUAAAGAUACAAGACUGAUAAACACGUACUUCUGCAAUUUAUUUUGUAGCAUGGACAAUUUUGUAAGAACAUUACUUACUGUAGUUAUUGACUCCUCUUGAUUUUGAAAGCAAAACAUAGUUGUGUUACUUACUGACAUUUAAGUAUCUAAUAAAAAGUGUAGCUUAGAAGUCUGUUCUUAGGAGGCAUUUUCCUUGGAGAAUAAUGAUCUGUCCCGAAGUGUGGCUAAGAACUCCCUCAUGUACUACUUUUUACAACUGCAGAUGAGCAAAGUUGAAGUGAUGAUAUUGUACAAAAUCUAAAUUAUGGAUUUUUGCCUUGAAACAGAGCUGAGCUAUUACUUGUCAUUUCUGUUUGCCUGGUAAUCAUUGUUGCUGGGGGUCUUACAGAGUUUUCCUUACAGCAUGUUUUACAGAUAGAAAUCAAAGUGUGAUGAGAUAAAGACUGCAGGUGGAGCAGAGAUAAGUAAUAAUAAACUUUGCAGAUACUCAACAGAA